AUGGCGUCGAAAGCUCCACCAGGAACCUUCAAGAUCCUAUACUUCUCCUCCGCUACUACCAUUACAAAAAAGGACAGCGAAUUUCUUCCGGCCCCGUUAGCUCUGGGAAAAUUAUUCGAUACUCUCGACGAAAACUAUUCGGGGAUAAAAGCGAAGGUCUUGGGUUCUUGUAUGGUUACAGUGAAUCUGGAGUAUGUGGAUAUCGAAGAGGAUGCAGAGAGGGAAUUGAAAGAGGGCGAUGAAGUGGGAAUAAUCCCACCAGUCAGUUCUGGAUAG